UCGUGCACGGUUUUGUGUGUUUUUCUUCUUUUCUUCUACUAUGCGGUGUGUGUUGUGUGUAGUGUCCCUUUGCCAUUCCCCAUAUAUGGGUGUACGUUUGAUACGCUGGCGGUGCACUUUUGUACCGGUGGCCUUUCCUUCGCGUGCUUUGGCAGGAGAAGCCCAACAUUCGAAUAGAGCCUAGCCAACACACUAUCUACCCCAGUGACCCACUCACUGUUCGCGACGUGUCGUGUGGAAUUUCCUUUACAACGAAAAUGUUGGAUAAUUGUUGGCCCAACUUCCAUUAAAGGCAGGUGCCUCCGCUCGUUAUGGGCCCGAUGUUGUGUUGUGUCGUUCCAUAUGAGUGUGUUUUUGCGAACAAGUGACGUAAGAAUGGUAACGUUUUGGGGAAUCAACAUUCUAAGCUGCUGCUCAAGAUCGCUAUCUAACUCACCUCAAAUCUGACUCAUGGCCGAAAAUGACGAACCGUUCGUAGUAGUCGUGGCAGAAGAAGUUUGAUUAGCACGUUUCAAACUUUUUAUGCAAAUAUGCGUGCUGCUGCGUGGAUUGAAACACCAAACAUCUUCAAACUACAAAAGAGAGAGACGGAUUGUGGUGCGUGUGCGACUGAGACAAAGUGCUUUAAAAUGGUGACGUUUAGCGCAUAAAGAGAAGGAUCUGCGAUCGUAGCGCAGAAGGGGAUCGAGAUAUUUUUAAACAAACCCCCCAAACACGCGUCCGGAGUUCGUUCACAUCAACCCCAACUCGAUGUCAGGUCCAUCAGGCUGUGUACGUACGCUGCCUGUUUAUGUUUUGUGCGCAUCAAAUUGUGCUCGUUUGUGCAUCGGAACCAGCAGAUCGAGAGAAAGACUGCACCGAACGACUCGAUCCUCACUGGAAUAAGAAGAUCUUUCGCCUUAAUGAAGGUGCCUUUGGGAGAAACUUCUCGUGCGUUUUUUUAGUUUUAUUUCAAACGACGGGCGAAACUAACCGCUCUGAUGGAGGGUGUCCAGUGUGUGCUUGUGUGUUUUUUUCUGUUAUUCUUGAGGGUAUCAUUCGCAUACGGCUAUGUGGACCAAACGAUCGUUGUCGGGGGGGCUUAUCUUUUUGAACGCGCACUGCUGCUGUGUGUGCAAGUUAAUGUUGCGGAUUGCAUAUGUCUUGGUUUUGUGAUACUGGCUGGAAGAGGAGAAGGAAGCACAAGGAGGUGAAAGCAGCUGAAGUCGAGUGUAGGGACCGGUUCGUCUUCGAAUGGUCAAUUCGUGUAGCGGCUAGCUAGUGUCGAGGCUGUUGUAUGAACAAACAAUUUGAAGUAGCUCGCUGUUGCUUGGCCGUGUCGGUAAAUAUAUCGAUGAGAUUUUUUGUUUUUACAUGAUUCGCGGACAUCUGGCAUUGAGUGAAAUGAUGUGAGGUAGGAGUUAAUUUGGGAAAUUGGUAAAUAAAAACCACAUUAUUUGAACAGCUGUGUGAGAGCUGUGAGAAGCAACCAAUGUUCUGAUGCGGUGAACUCCAACUCUGAUGAAUGACGCGCUUCUGUCUCACUCAUCGAUAACUAUUGCACAUAGGAAAAGAAAUCCAUCCGUUCCCGUCCAACCUCCACCCCACACUCUCAAGAUGAACGACCUUACCGCCCUCAAGUCGCUCCGCCCGAUGAUGCGCGAUCUAGACGUGUACGAUGUGCUGGACGAGUUUCAGCAGCAGCGCGUGUUCAACAACGACGAGUGUAUGGACAUUACCAACGAGCCGAACGAAAUGUUUCAGAUCGAUUUAAUGUUCUCCUUGCUGGAGGAAAAGCAGCAGCGCGAUUCGCAGAUAGUGGCCCGGUUUAUGGACGCGCUCCGCCUGUACUACGACUGGAUCGUGGAACGGUGGGAGCAGUGCCGGGGCGCGCAGACGAAGGAGUACAACCGGUACGUGGCGUACCGGAACGAGUCGUUUAUGCCCUCGCACGAAUCGAUCAGCGUGUACCGGCAGAAGCUCAGGUGGACGAUGCACAAGCACCUGAUGUCGUUGCGGCACGGUGUGGCGGAGCAUCGGUACCUCUUCGUGUGCGGCAUAAUCGGCACCGGCAAGCAGACACUCGUCUGUCACGCCUGCGAAGACUACACCGUGGUGACGCAGAUGAAUUACAAAAUCUUCUACCUAGAUCUGGCGUACUGCAACACGCAGGAAGCGAUACUGGAGCUGCUGGAAAAGCUGCGCGUCCAGCUGGGCGACGCGGUGAAGCAGGAGGAGCGGGGCAACAACUACAGCUACCCGUCGAACAAGAUCGACUACUGGAAGCGCACCUUUACGCAGGCGUUUGCGAACGAGCUGUCGGAAAGCUUGCUGGUGCUGGCGCACGUCAACCGGCCGAGCUUGAUCAAAGACUUUGACUUUAAGUGCAAAACCGUCGUCAUCACGAAGGACACGAACGUGGUGAACGCGGUCAGCGAGUCGGAGCGGUUCGUGGUGAUGCUUCCGCAGGGCUUCACCGAGGCCGAGGGUUUGGAGCUGUUCGCAAGAGCGCUGAAGAAGAAAAACACCAUGCUGCCGCCGGAAGCGACGGAACUGUGUCGGGCUUGCAAGUACAACCCGUUCCUCAUCAACCUGAUCGCGCUGCGCAUGAGCGAGGAGUGCAAGCACGAGGUGCCAAUCAACUGGCAGCAGCACAUUGACAAUCUGGAGAACUUUAGCAUGCCGCGGCCGGAGCGGGUGUCGCGCACGAUCGCCUCGACGCUGGAGCAGUUUAGCGUGGAGGAGCAGCAGCGUUUCCGCGAUCUGGUGAUCUUUCGGGACAAUGUGCCAAUGUCGUUGCGUUUGCUGGAGAUGUACUGGGAGCUGGACAAGGACACAACGGAGGCGCUCCUAACGAGGCUGGAGCGCAGCGGGCUGCUGGAGAAGCGUGUCUGCAAGAGUAAGAUGUUUUACAUAAUGCAAUACAUUUGCUAUAACGAUAUCAAGCUUCCGCCCGGCUCCAAUAUGGUCAAUCUGCAUCGCCGACUACUCCAAAACUAUAGCAUCCGGGAGAAUCUCGCCAACCGCCGGGAGCUGGAGCUGACCAACGUGUUCCCGAACGAUGACUAUUUUCACUUCCACAUCGCCUACCACAUCGAGCAGGCCGGCGAGCAUGAUCUCUUUCCCGAGCUGUACCAAGACUUUGGCUUCCUCGAGCAGAAGCUGCGCAUUGCCGGCCUGCCCAACACGGUGGGCGAUCUGCGCAAGUACCAGGAGCACAUCUUCCCGACGGUGGACGAUCGGGAGGUGAUCAUCGAUUCGCUGAUCGAUUUUCUGAUGGCGGCGGAAUGCUUGCUGUCGGAGGAUACGCGGCUGCUGCAGCGAGCCCUCAACUUUCCCGGCCACAUCGGCCACCUGGCGAAGCAGCAGGUGGAUCGGUACAAGAACCGGGUCUGGUUGCGUGAUGUCGUGCACUGUUUCGAAUCGUCAGUCAUAAAGCUUUGCCACCGACCAGACAAGGUCCGCUUCCAGGAUGCGAACCACGUGUUUGUGUCGCUCGCCAACAACGACAUCCAGCUGUGGAAUCUGUCGGUCGAGUACGAGCUGCCGCCGAUGACGUUCAAGGGCUGCGACGGCGAUCAGAUUAAGGACGUGCAGCGCAUCAACCAGUUUCUGGUCGCGCUCAAUCGGCGCGGCUUGAUAAAGGUGUGGUCCACGAAGAACCCGCCCGACCGGCCCGACUACCGGAUGUGGGAGGCAUCGCCACGGGAAGCAGAAAUGACGCUCACGAUCACGGGCGGGUUCGCCUGUUUCAGCGUGCUGAAGCGAUCCGGACACACGGAACUGAUCGCGAUCAGCGAGUCGGGCGUGCUGUGCGUGUACAAGGUGUACAGCUCCGUGUUCCGGACGGAGAAGCCCGACAUCAAGCACCCGACGAACAUCAGGAACGCGUACCUGCUGCAACCGUUCCGCGACCUGGACAAACCGGACGGUGGCGCGGUACGACGCUGCCUGUUUCUGGUCAGAAGCGAAGACGGUACGGCACGGGGCAUCGUGUUCAACAUGAUGUCGACGAGCGUGGAGUCGUGCUUCGUGGACGAGCAGCCGCCGCUAAACGUGUACCAGCUGCCGGAGGGUUUUCUGUUCGUGAGCACGCACGAGGUGCGGCUGCGACCCCUCGAAUCGUACGGAUUGGGCCAGGCGAAAACGGUGUACGAGCGCAAGGCGUGCACCAACACGUGCAGCGUAGUAACGGAGGACAAGCGAUUCCUCGUGCUCGGUACCGAGCGCGGCAUCUCGGUGGUUAACAUUGGCGAUGGGGCGGAGGUCCGGCGCAUGAACAUUAGCCACUCGAUCGUCGAUCUGGACGUGCUGAUGGAGGAUGGCAUGUCGCAGGUGCUGCUCGCGUCCAUCUCGAAGGAUGGGGAGCAUGCGAUGAACCUGUACAGCUUACCGCUCGGCCCGGUCAGCGAUCAGUACCAGCUGGAGGGGACGACCGCCUUUCUCGCCACGCUGGACGACGAUCCGGUGCAGCUGAACACGGUCGACCGGUACUGUCGGUUGCAGCAGACGCUGCUCCACGACGAGGAUGGUGGCGUGUCGCACGAGAAGACGUUUCAGAACAGUGCGAUCGACGCACCGGUUCUGUGUCUGGCCAAAACACGAUCGAUGUACUAUGUGGGGCUGGAGAAUGGCAAGCUGCUCGGGAUGACCCAGUGGCAUGCGGAUCCGGCUGUGGUGCACGUCGUGCUCGAACUGGGUACGGAGAUAACGUAUCUGGAAUGUUUCCGUCGCGUACGGCAAGAUGAUCUCGAGGCGAUGGACAUACUGGUGGCAUCGGGAAAGGGCGUAUGUAGGAUUUGCGUGGACGAGCGCGUCGAGCUGGAGCUGAGCGAAACGGUGCGCAAUUGUUACCUGCUGUACGAUCGCUAUCUGCUGCUGAUUGGCGAUCGGUGCUCGAUACAGAUCUACGACUUUGAAAACCAAACACUGGAACUAGUGCAGAAGGAAAUGGAACGUACGUACGGGGCGGCAGUUUAUGGGCCACCGCCUCGCGCCGCACUGAUACUGUGCACGGCCGACGGGAUCGUAUACCAUCUUGGACUGCACCAGGCCGCGAUUGAGUCGUUCGAUUUGGCCCCGUUCGACAUGCUGCUGACAGUGAAACCGCCACAAAGUGUCAGCGGCAGCAGCAGUCACAGCAUGCCAUCCGACGUGGGUCACCACGCCGCAACGACCGUCAUCUGCAGCUGUGCCUUAUCGGCUGACGGCGAGUUCCUAGCGAUCGGAUGCCACGACGGCCGGAUUAUACUGCACCUGAUGGAGCAUAACCGGCAGCUGGGUGUGCUGGAAUCGCACCAGUUCCCGGUGUCCGCACUGUACUUCAGCAGCUGGACGGACCCGAGCGCACCGCACAUACUGGUCAGCGUCGGCGAUCAGAUCGUCUUCUGGAGCGUCGACUAUCUGUACAACAAUCAGCCGCGCAAAAGUGUCACCAGCAUACGGCUGUCCGGUCGGUUUAACACGCGCCGAACGGCGCCCGUACCCGACGGUGCACACGUGUCAUCGCCGAGCGAGAACCGCCGAUCGUACGGUAGCAACCAUUCCGGCUUUUCGACCCCGGUCGUGGGUAGUCCCGUGAGCCGAAGCUUUCUGGGCGAACGGUUCGAGGAGUCGUCCCAGUGGUUCGACAAGCGCGGUUCCACCGUCAAGCCGCAUCUGCUCUCCUGCAUCAAGCUGAUCGGCCGGGCGAAGCGGUUGAUAAUGAACCGGGAGUUUAGCAAAUUUCUUACCAUGGAUGACGAAGGGUACAUCCAUUAUCUGCGAUUUUACCGGCCGUCCGUGAACCAUCUGCUGAUGCCACCGCCCGCCAACUUUGGAAUGCGUUCGCCGACCAUCGUCACGGCGGCGACCGCCAACACGCCAACGACCACGAAUGGCACCAACGGUGGUGGAGGUGGCGCUCAUCCCUACAUUACACACCUCAUAUGACGGUUGGUAGCAAACGAACUGACCCUGCGGUAUAUCUGCUACUACAUGUUGCUGUACAUCUUCUACACUGCCUUUACACGGUAGGAGCAACCGACAGAGACAUCCCAAUGGUGACAGGCGUCCAUGAGCCGCUACGGUGCGGUUGGUUCGUUUGCUAGUUACUAGUUUGUGUGUGUGUGUGUGUGUGUGUGUGUGUGUGUGUGUGUGUGUGUGUGUGUGUGUGUGUGUGUGUGUGUGUGUGUGUGUGUGUAUGUGUUCGUUUUUAUUGCGUCCCGUUCAACGUAGCAUCCCGUAGAACCAACAAAAGAUAUCGAUCCCUCCCUUCACUGUGCCAACGGAAGCGACACAACUGUAGGCUGCAUUUUUCUACUGCAAGUCCCUUUUAGUCACGUAAGCAUACCCCCGCAAUAGACAAUACGUGUCCGCGCUUAAGAUAAAAAAAAGUGGAGUAGGGCAAUUUGUGUGUGAUAGCUGAUUAUUUUCGGAAUAUAUAUUUUAAAUCUCACUGCGGACGCUAGCGUAUGUCGAUUUCGGCUUUAGUAAAUCAACGUUAGCAUAAAAAGAAACGUACAGAACAGACUGAGGCGAGAAUGGUUAGAUUUCGGAAAUGCAUUUUUUAAAGCUUAAUUAAACUAUACUCAAAUGUACAGAUUUCACACCACAGAAACAUUUCGCUCAACGUUAGUGUGUGGUAAAAGCCGCGGUGCAUUAUUUCUCCCAGGCUACGGUCUGCCUGGUGGAAAGUGUGUAACUUUUUAUAGGUUAUAUAUAAAAUACUUUAUACGACAAUUUCUUUUAAUUGCGACAUUCCUUAGAUGUAAGGUCGAUUUCGUAAGAUGAGACUUUUUUUUUAAACUUAAAAUCGUGUAGAAAAUUAAUAAAAUAAAAUCGUUUUUGUGAUUAAAA